AUAUAUCGCGAUAUCAAAAAUAUAUUUCAGCCACUAAUAUUGAUUGAAAUUGCUAAAAACUAAAAUACGAAUUGGAGAUUGCGGAAUUGGAGCACGAUGAGCGGCUACCGAGGCAUCGGCGGCGGGGGCUUCCCCUACCGCAAGUCGGCCAGUUCCGGCAACAACAUGAACGCCGUGCCGCCUCCCCCGAUGCUGAAUGCCCGUGGCUAUGUGGGCGCCCCCCGAGGAGGAGCGUCCCUUUCGGCGGCGAGAGGCGCUGCCCGCGGAAGCACCACCACAACAUCCACUUCCAAGCACGGCUACUCCACGCUGGACUCCAUUAGCCAGUACACCAAUGCCACUAACCUAGUGGGCAAGAGGAAACACCACACGGAUGACGAUUACUUCGACGACGACGACGAGGGACCGCGGGAAAAAGAGAUGGAACAGGCCUACAUCCCGGCACCGGGAUCCCCAGGAGCUCCUGCCCCUUCCGGCAAGAAGCAGGAGGAUUCCGACUCGGAUGAGGACCCACUGGAGCAGUUUAUGGCCGGCAUUAACCAGCAGGUGGAGAAGGAGAAGCGCCAGCAGGCGCCCAAGCCGCCGACUCAGGCGAUUCGGGGCGACAUCGACGACGAGGACGACGAGGAGAGCUACUAUCGCUACAUGAAGGAGAAUCCCAAUGCGGGACUGCGCGACGAGGGCUCCGACCAGGAGAUCGAGUACGACGAGGACGGUAAUCCCAUAGCGCCGCCCAAGAAGAAGGACAUCGAUCCGCUGCCGCCCAUCUACCAUUCCGAAAUCGAGUACGAGCCGUUCGAGAAAAACUUCUACACGCAGCACGAGGACAUAGCCGCCCUGGACGAGGAUCAGGUGCGCGAAUUGCGGCGCACGCUGGGCGUAAAGGUCACGGGGCCCUCGCCACCCAAGCCGGUCACCUCCUUUGGCCACUUCGGCUUCGACGAGCAGCUCAUCAAGGCGGUGCGGAAGGCGGAAUACACCCAGCCCACGCCCAUUCAGGCGCAGGCGGUGCCCACCGCCCUCUCGGGCAGAGAUAUCAUUGGCAUAGCCAAGACGGGCUCCGGCAAAACGGCCGCCUUCAUCUGGCCGAUGCUAAUGCACCUGAUGGAUCAGCGGCAGCUGAAGCCAGGCGAUGGACCCAUCGGCCUGAUUCUCGCCCCCACGCGCGAGCUCUCGCUGCAGAUCUACAACGAGGCCAAGAAGUUCGGCAAGGUCUACAACCUGAACGUGGUCUGCUGCUACGGCGGCGGCUCCAAGUGGGAGCAGAGCAAGGCGCUGGAGCAGGGAGCCGAGAUUAUAGUGGCCACGCCGGGGCGCAUGAUCGAUAUGGUCAAGAUGAAGGCCACCAAUCUGAGGCGGGUCACUUUCCUGGUGCUCGACGAGGCCGAUCGCAUGUUCCACAUGGGCUUCGAGCCCCAGGUGCGCUCCAUUUGCAACCACGUACGCCCGGAUCGCCAGUGCCUGAUGUUCUCGGCCACCUUUAAGAAGCGAAUCGAACGCCUGGCCAGGGAUGUGCUCACCGAUCCGGUGAGAAUUGUGCAGGGAGAUCUCAACGAGGCCAACCAGGACAUCACCCAGUCCGUAUAUGUCUUCCCGAAUCCCCUGCAGAAAUGGAAUUGGCUGCUCUGCCACCUGGUGAAGUUCCUCUCCGAAGGCAGCGUCCUGAUUUUCGUGACCAAGAAAGCAGAUGCCGAAACAGUUUCCAAUAAUCUGCUGGUCAAGGAAUAUAACUGCUUGCUGCUCCAUGGCGACAUGGAUCAGGCGGACAGGAACAAGGUUAUUACGCAGUUUAAGAGGAAAGAGUGCGAUAUUUUGGUGGCCACCGAUGUGGCGGCCCGAGGAUUGGACAUACCGCACAUCAGGAAUGUGGUGAACUACGAUAUCGCCAGGGACAUUGACACGCACACGCAUCGAAUUGGAAGAACGGGCAGAGCCGGCGAAAAGGGUAAUGCCUUUACAUUGGUCACCGACAAGGACAAGGAGUUUGCCGGACAUCUGGUGCGCAACUUGGAGGGCGCCGAUCAGUUGGUGCCCGAGGAUCUAAUGGAGUUGGCCAUGAAGAGCUCCUGGUUCCGCAGUUCGCGAUUUAAGCAGGGCAAAGGGAAGAGGCCGACCAAUACCCACACAGGAUUGGGCUAUCGGGAGCGGGGAAAUGGCGGUGGUUUUGGAUCCUCUGGUGGCAUGGAAAUCUCGUCAGUGCUAGUCCCUCCCGAAGGACCCUCGAAUAAGUCCUCCUCCAGCGCAGGUCCUGCCACAGAUCGCUACGCUGCCAUGAGGGAGGCCUUUCGAUCCCAGUAUAACAACCAAUUUCGAGCCUCCAGCGAUCGAACUUGGGAGAAAACUCUGCCAGACUCCGGGGUUUUUGCCGCACCAAUGGCACCGCCGCCACCAUCUUCUUCAUCAUCAUCAUCCCAGGGAGCUUCCUCCAGCAGCAGCAGCAGCAACCUGGAUGCCAAACGGGCCAAGAAGAGCCGCUGGAAUUAAAACUGAUACUGCUACUUGGUUUAUUUCUCUUCAUAUUAUUUAAUGUGUAUUUGCUUUUGUUCCAUCGUUUAAAAUUACAGCUUAUGGACUAAAUUUAAACAUAUUAUAUAUAAUCAGAUAUAUACCAUGUUCAUUCAUAAAGAUUACGUUAGUUAAAUACUCGUAUGUACAACUCUCUUCCUUCGCAGCCUUCGCAGCAUCCAGCGAACGAUCCCACAGAUCCAAAUAAAAAUCUUCAUUAAUUGUAA